GGAUUUGGCUUCAUGUUCCGAUGGCGAUGGCCUCUUCGUCGAAGAGGCCAUCGAAGAGUCUUCGAUAAUAGUCGUCGGGGAGCGCGAGUGCGCGAGUUGUACUUAUAGUCCCCCGCAUCGCAAGCUCUGAAGAAAGCUUCAGCAUCGGCUCGACGAAAAGAAUUUGCUCGGACAGCAAGCAGGCAGGCAAGCGGAGCGGGCUCGAGAAAUUCUGUCGAAUUGUGGUACGUCGAGAGAUAGAGAGAGGGAGGAAUUGAGAAUUUCGAAAGACAUUGUGCUGCCGAGAGAGCGACAUGUAUUCGAGUGCGCCACCACCACCAACAGGCUAUCCCGCGAUGAAUCAGGGCGUUCCACCGAGCAACUAUGGAGCGCAGUAUGGCGCUCAAGGCCCGCCUCAACAAAACUAUCAUGGCGGUCCCGUGCAGUAUCAAGGUCAGCAGCAGCAGCAGCCGCAGCAGCAGGUGCAUUCCGUCAGCCAAUUUGUGCAGAACACUCAGUCGACGAGCGGGAAAGUGCCGUUCGAGGUGGACAAAUCGCGAGUCGGCAUCCUGCAAGUGAAUUUCGGCUGCCCUGCGACGGCGGGAGGAGUGCUGCAGCAGGUGUACAUGAAGAAGGGCUCGAUGGUGGCCUAUCAAGGGGACAUAAAAUUUGAGCGAGAGGGACUGCUGGAGCACGGAGUCGGGCACAUGCUGAAGAAGGCCGUGACGUCGGAAGGGGCAACGCUGGUCAGGGCCACCAUGGGGUCCAAGGGGAGCUCGGGCCGAGCGCAUCUCUAUCUGGCCGACAAUUCCAAGGUGGUCACCGUGCUGCAGCUGCAGGGCGAGUCCCUGACCGUGAACGGCGACGACCUGUUGGCCUUCGAGCCCAGCCUGAAGCACCAGAUCGUUAUGCUGAAGAAGGUCUCGGCCAUAAUUUCUGGUGGCCUCUUCAAUGUCAAGCUCAGCGGCUACGGCUGCGUGGCCAUUCUGUCGCACGGCAAGCCCAUCACUCUGCUCGUCAAGAAGGGCCAACCCUCUGUCUUCACCGACCCGCAGGCCACCGUGGCCUGGUCCGGGAGUCUCAACCCUGAUUUUAACACUGACAUUCAAUUCAAGACUUUACUCGGUCGUGGAAGCGGCGAUAGCUUCCAAAUGAAGUUUGACCCCAGCAAAGGCGAGGGCUUCGUCGUCGUCCAACCUUGCGAGGAAAUUGGUCCGCAGCGGUCUUGAUCGCCUGACCCUCAAAUCCGUCGACCCAUUUCAAUGUGAAUAAUUUUUAUCUUUUUCUCCUUCUUCAGCGAGCGAUGUUUUUCCUUCACCGCGUUUGUACUGGUUCCUACUAAAUCACAAGCUUGAUAAUCUGAAAGAAGCCGAUGCGAAGCUCGCUCCGUGUGCUCAGUGGAUGAGUCAGGAGUUGGAAUUCCCUGGUAGAUAACAAUGACUUCAUCACUGAGAGAGUUCCGGCCCGAGGAACGCUCAGCUGAUUGGAACCUGGUGGUGUUGCUUUCCGUGAAAGCUUUUUGAUCUCUCGAUUAGUCUGCCUCGUUGGGGAAGCAGAUGCCGCCAGGUGUGAGAUAUGGCGGGUGAGUGAAUCGGUUUGUCGUGGUGUACUCCCUUCGAGACAUCCGAUUUCGAGUCUAGACAGUUCGUAGAGUUUCUUGAGCCGUGGCAAACAGUGAAGACGCAGAUCUCUCUGGAACCCAUUCACGUUUAUUAUAUGAGCCCGGGAGAACAAAUGAUUAAAGCCUUCAGUUGCUCU